AGGAAAACCGCGUUCAAGUUGAAACCGGGAUCAUUGUAAACAAUCACACGUUUUCCUGAAAAUAGAAUCAAUUUGUUUCGUUUUUCGUUGUUUAACUAUUUGUUAGCUAAAAUUUAUGUUUCAAUAAGCAAAAAUGAGUGCCGUUUCAUCGAUCUUCGAUACGCCCAUUCCGAGUGCAGCGAAGCCUUCGCCCUCGGGAUCGACCAAGCGACCAUUGGCGCAAAAUGGGCACCACUCGGGGGAAAAGCAGUCCAAAAAAUCUAAGAAAGCUAGCAAGAAGCAACUGAUCGAUCUCCUGGUGCAGGAACACGCCCGGGAAUUGAGCCAAAACGAUUCCAGCGCUUCCACGGUUUCGACUCCGAAGAAGAAAAAGAAGAAAAAUGCUUCUGCUUCAGACAUAAACACUAGUGCUUCUAAAAAUGUAAAUGCUGCCAAGAAAAAGCCCAAAGAGGGACUUAAAAUAAAUCUUCAAGGCUCAAAAAAGAAAAGGAAGAAUUUUGAAGUGCUGAACAGUUCGCAACAGCAAGCCGAAGAUGCGCUAGUCGAAACAUCAUUCAAUGGUGAAUCGUUGAAAAAUAACUCGAACCAUUCGACACCUGUCUCCAAAAAACCCAAGAAGAAGAACAAGCAAAUGCCCCAUCCACUGGCAGGCACUCCAAAUCUAGCCAUCAAACAGGAGCCCCAAACUCCUAAGGCAAAUGGCAUGCAGCGCACCUCGGCCCAGGAUAGUAUCGUUGCUGGUCGGGAGAAGUUCGCUUGGGUAAUCCACCCGACUCCGGUGGAAGAUUUCAUGAUCAAUUACUGGGAAAAGAAACCCCUGCUGAUUCAGCGCAAGAACCCAUCUUACUACAGCAAUCUACUCUCGCGAGCGGAAAUCGAUGAAAUGCUUCGGCAGAACAACAUCGAAUACACCAAAAACAUUGAUGUGACCUCGUACCGUGAGGGCCAGCGAGAGACUCACAACCCUGAUGGUAGGGUUCUCCCUCCGGACAUGUGGUCUUUCUACGAAGAAGGUUGCAGCAUUCGAAUGCUCAAUCCGCAAACCUAUCUCCCCGGAGUAUACGAAAUGAAUGUGAAACUACAGGAGUUCUUCCAUUGCAUGACCGGAGCCAACUUCUACUUAACACCACCGAACAGUCAAGGAUUUGCCCCGCAUUACGACGAUAUUGAAGCAUUCGUACUUCAGGUCGAAGGUCGCAAGCACUGGAAACUAUACAGCCCACGAGAACCAGCCGAAAUGCUAGCGCGCAUAUCGUCCCCGAAUUUCACGCAGGAAGAAAUCGGCAGUCCAAUAUUGGAGGUUGUUCUGGAACCAGGAGAUUUGCUGUAUUUUCCACGAGGAAUCAUCCAUCAGGCGAGUACCGUACCCGGUCAUCACUCCCUGCACGUAACGAUGAGUGUAUAUCAGAAGAACUGCUGGGCCGAUCUGCUUGAAUUGUUCUUCCCGCAUGCUCUAGCUCAAGCAGCCGAAACUCAUUUCGACUUACGGCGGGGAAUCCCCUUGAACCUGCAUCAGCACUUUGGCAUUGUGCAUUCGGAUAGCGAAACUCCCGCGCGGAAACAACUGAUCUCUCACAUUAAAUCCUUGGUUGAUAAGGUUUUCAGCGAAGAUGCCAUUGAUAGUGCGGUGGACCAACUGGCUAAGCGCUUCCAACAUGAUGCCCUCCCUCCACUAAUAUCGAACACUGAACAAUCCACCACAGUAUACGGCUCCAGCUUCAACCAUAAUGCCGAUGGCACCGUUAGUCUGCGGGUGCCGUUCACCGAGAACAGCACCGUUCGUCUGCUUCGCUGCAAUGUGCUCCGGCUGGUGAGCGAAGAGGAGAAACUUCGCAUUUACUAUCACACCGAUAACUCACGUGAGUAUCAUGAGUAUGAGCCCAAUUUCCUUGAAAUCGAUCAGGACGCUGCCCUCGGUGUGGAAUUGCUCGUAAAGAUGUAUCCGCAUCCGGUGGCUAUUCGAGAUUUGCCAGUGGAGGACAAGAUCGAAUUUGCCAAGAGCUUGUGGGAGAAGGGACUGAUUGUCGUGCAUGGGCAGUGAACGCUCUGAGUCGUUAAUUGUAAAUAUUUCCAUUAUUCAUUGCUACCAAUACAGUUUAGUUGUUUAUCUA